UUUCAGGCAUUUCUACAUAUAACCAUUUGUGUUCAGUCGACUCUACACUCCCCCUAUCACCUAUUUUGGUUGGUAUUGCGUCUGAACAGACGACAUUGACUACGGUCGUGCGACAAUUGUCGAAACAAGAACGUCGUAAGCCCAUGGCCAUGCAGUCGCUCCCGAACGAGCUUCUUGCGCACAUUGCCACGCAUCUGGAUCACGAGGCCCCAUCGAUUACGAAAUUCAGCCAAGAGCCUUCAGGACGUCUCACGUGCUCUGAGCGUAGCCCGCUCAAGAGCCUGUCUCGGGUGUCAUGGCGGUGGAGAAAGAUUGUUCUGCCCCUGCUCUUCCGUUACGCACGCAUAGCACUUGAUGACGAAGCGCAGUGGGUGCCCAUGGAUGCGCGGCUCAUUGAUAGCAUGCAAGAGCAGUUGACCAAGCUCAGCAACCACGAGUUUCUCAUCUACACGAAGCUGCGAAGCAAGUUCAAGAGCAGCUCAGGCUUUGCGUUUGGGGCAGCCAUGGAUGAUGUGCUCGUCACGCUAUGCCGCGUCCAAGAAGGAGACGAGUUUCUCAAGUCGGUACCCAGCAUUACAUGGCUUCCGCAUCUUCCCAGAAGAUUCCCAGACUUUUGCCGGUUCGUCACGCAGUAUGCACUCAAGCACCACAUCAGGAGCGUGGUGGUGUAUACAGAAAAGGAAUGCGAGCUGCUCCACGGGCCUAGUGCACAUGGGCCAUUGACUCGCGGAGUAUCCGAAAUUUGGACGCAGAUAUUCGCCCACCUAGAACCUAGACGCGUUGUUGUUGCUGCUCCUCCAUCGACCAUGGCCGGGCUUCUGGACACGGGGCUGCUAACCAACGAUGGCUGGGCUUUUGAGAUGAAGAUGCACUACAUGGAGCUGCUCCAGGCCGAGCCGCCUCGUAGCGAACACAUGGACAGUCAGUGCCGAAAAUGGGGCUCGUCUCUAGUCCAUCAGCGUCCAUGGUACCACGUGGGCUACAACGAGGGCUCUUCGAUGGCCGUGUAUAGCACUUAUGAAUACCACCUGAAGCAAUCACCCAAAGUGCUGUUUCUCUUGCUGAUGCGCCUGGCCAAAGAAGCGCAAGCAUGCUGCAACAUUACCUCGUUCAGCCUGACCAGCAUCUUUCCACUUGUGGGAAACACCAAUUCCGUUAUUCGGGCUCUCAAACGGAUCCCAACCGUGAACAAGAUUGCGGUUCAGCUGGCUCCGGGGCUGGAGAACAAUCUGCUCAGUGAAGGCAAGAGGAGGGGAAGAGCACAGGCGAGUGACUUUUGGCUGGAGUGGCGCGAGAGCUACGAGGUGGUUGCAAGCUAUCUAGGCGAGCGUGAGUUUGAGGAUGGCGGCGAGUUUGUAAGCAAAGACUGCUGGAGCAAGCAGCUAGCGAUAGAGGUGGGAGAGUGCAUGGAUUUGCUGAGGAGGAGGGGUGGUGGAUGGAGGAGUGAAGAGCCGGGGAGAUGGGUGCGGGACCAUGGAUUGGACAGGAGAGAGACUGGCGUCGAUGUCAGUGCAUCGUAGAGGAUUAGACAUUUGGGUGUUGCUCCCUCUAUGAAUUGGAUAUUCUUAAC